AUGCCAGCACCUAUGCAGCCGCACAAUCAAGCAGAUGACACAAUCAGAGAUCUGAGGGCUCGCAUGGGCGAGGACGUCGGUUUGCUGUCAUACCUACCCGACGAGAAGGUACAAACGGCGUUCGUUGACUACAAAGCGGAAAUAGGCCACACUCUUUCAACUCGAAUCUUGUUUGGUGAGAUCAAGCGAGACAGAAGCUCAACGAGAGAUGUCUGGGCGCUACUUCACAGUAAACCUGGUGGUAGGAGACCUCCAGAAGCCCGCCUUAGGCUAUACUCGCGCGAUGGACAUCCCGAAGAGCCUAUAACUCUGGAAGAAGCAAUAGAGCAAGUUUCGCCAACCGCAGCAUUCGCCUGCCUCCAGCCAAAGCACGGACGUUUCGACCGAGCUCAUCUUCGCUCAGUCUUGGGAUACUACUUCGUCCUACAGAAGCUCCAAAUACCAUCAUCCUGGCCGAUGAGUGAACGGUUUGUCUCUGACCUUCGAUCGGCAUGCAAGGUCGCAAGAGCAAACAUGGAGGACGAAAUGCUGGCAUCAAAAAGCUCAUUUGCCGGGGCUCCCAACAACAUGGCACCAGCAAGACUGCAAGAUGCCGAAGAAUCGUCUGCCGAAUCUUACACAAUUAGCCAUAAGGCAGUCAAGGGCUCUCGCAGCACUAACAAACAGACAAUCGGUCCCAUAGACAGAAGCAAAUCGCUGGGGGUGCUAUCUCCAGCAAAGCGAAAACUCUUAGAACACGACAAGCCAUCACUCGAAGAAGAACUGUUCGGAGAAGCCGCAGAAGCUAGUCUGUUGUCACAUCGAGAGUCAGCCAGUCUAACGAAUCCUAUUCGAUCCUCGCGGAGCCCAGCGCCUUCGCUCAUAGUAGAUAAGCCCGAAGAAAAAGCAGAGAUAUUUGUCGAAUUAUACAAACAGAGUGUCACCGAAAACGAACUCAGAGAGAGAAGGCUGGAGGAGAACAAAGAUAGGCAAGGUACUCUUAGGACGGAGCUGAAGGACCUUGAGAAGGAGGAGGAACGGCUCACGGACGCAUUAUGUCAAUCAAGGCAGGGCAUGAUCUGGCGUGUAGCGGAACAAAGCGAUUACGGUAAGACUGCGCCACGAGAUCUACUGGGUGUCCUCGACUCGCUCCCAGAACCUGGAUCGUUCAACUUCCAGGAAACGCAAUGGUUAGGUCACGCUGCGAUUAAGCUGUGCCUCGGAAACCGACCCAGACUCGACGGCACACCAUGUCGGUCCUGGGCAUGCAUUGUCACGUCUGAAAUCAAUGACCUGAACCCACCCAUUAUCUUUUACGAUCAAGACGUCUCCGAGGAUGGGACACGUACCUCCGAGUCCCUUCGAUCAGCUUCCGCGCUUCUUCGCAGGGCUACAGACUUGCUACCGCCAUUCCGGUUUUUGCAACACGAUCCAAUUGAUGAAAUGAGAGGGUCACGAAACAUGAUUUGCGCCAUCAUCCUGUAUCAAGCAUUGAUGUCAGGUUUGGAAACGUGCGCUUUGCAGUGGGAACAGUUCAGGGACAGCCUAAGCCAAGCACUGCGGUACAUCGCAUCGCGCGAUGCAUAUCAUCAAUGGCGGCACGACCAGAAGAUCAUUGCGACAAGACGCCUUGUAUCCAGCCGUGAACAGCGGUCUGGGAAGGUAGCGAGACAGGUGGACGAUGGAGCAAGCCGGGAUUCUUCGGGGGAGGAGCUUGACACAGCUAGUACCAGCAAUAACGAAACAUACACUGGCGGAGUAGUACGCCCCAGUGGGAUUGAUAUUGCUAUCAGGCCAAACACCUCUCUCGCGAAGUUGAAAGUUGUACUUGGCGACAAGAAAUUCCGCCUCUUGGACAAGAUGCCGCAACAUUCGAUGGAAAUUACACCGCACAGUCUUGGUCCACCAUACUUCCCAUUUCGCAUGCUGAUUAGCCGCCACGUGUUACUAUCUGGUCAACCGUUCAAAGUUUAUGCAUACCUUGAGCAUGAUCGGCUGAAAAAAACCGCUAUGAAAUUUCUAGGCUACGAUAGCGCUGGUCGCGAGCAAAGCUUUACAGUAGACCAGCUGCUAGGUUCUAGAUUGCUCGAACCUCUGGAGUUUCUCAACAAUCUCAAGAAGUCGACGUACGCAAAGAAUGGCUCAGGCGCUUCUUCUGCGCGUACCGCUAAAAUCCGCAGCAUUGUAUCGUACUAUUUCUUUCUGGCUGAAAACGAAGGCCUCAUCGGGGAUCCUCGGGUCUCAAUAGGAGAUGCGUUUGGAAAGCGGCUGUGCGCUGCACUCACAGACUUGCAAGAAGCAAACUUCGGCGAUGAAGAGAAUACCGUCGGCCGAGAAGUCGAUGAAAGCUGGAAUGACGACACUGAUGUCGACACUUCCAUCGCUAGGCCUGCAGUGCCCGUAGAAAAAUCUAAUGCGCUUGGGAUGGAGCCCGCAAGACAAGAGGAGACUUACUCAGAGCCCUCUCAUAUGGUGACGUUGACGGUGCAGUCUACAGUGCUGCAGGAUAUCACAAAAGACAGACCACUCCGACGAGAACGAGAGAGUUCGAGCAAAAGAAUGCGAUUGCGUCAGCACCAGGGCAGUCCCAACAAACUUUCCCUAGGAGAUUCGCCAGCUGAACAUGCACCCAUGUCGCAGCACGAGAAGCGACGCUCACCGCAAGUUGCUUAUGCAUCUUCUGAAAUCUCAACAGCCAUCAUCAUUGACCAGGGAGAUGAACGCCAAGCACUUGCAGAGCCGAGUGAGGUGAGCGCCUCCCCUCACACGCCUGGCGUCAAACAAUCACAAGCCAGGACAAGAGAAGCAAGUCCUAUAUUUUGCUAUGAGCAGACCGCCGGUUCAUUCAUAAGGGCCGAAAUGACCUCUAUAGAAGAGAUUGAAUCUGGCGUACAGCUGCACGGCGAAGAAUCAGAAACAGCACUCGGAAAUCAGAUGUCGCUUGCAAUCAGCAAAUCUUUUGCCGAUACUAGAGCCACAAAAGACACAUUGUCAGCAGAAGAAGUGGGUUCAGGUCUUUAUGUCGCAGAUGCUCGAAGAUCAAGUGGCGCUGAGACAGUGCCAACGGGUGUUUCUUCACCGGCGCCAUUGCGCCAGUCUUCCCCUGCUCCGAGUACUGCAGUGAAGAAGGACAGAGCUAGUUCAGAAUCCGACGAUCCGCUCGUGAGCAGUCAGGAUGCCAAUGUUCGUGUUGCGCAAGUUUUAGACAUUAAGCCCCUUACGCCUGAGGGUAGUGUAGAACGAGAAUUGAAGGCUCAGCGAACGGCGGUCGGUAUGCCAGACAAUAUUCCGCAGAAUCAGGGUAUCUUCGACCUGUGUAGCGACAGCGAGGACGUCAUUAUACCAUUGCCUUGCCCUGGAACGGUGGUAAGCCGAAGAUUGGAAGGCGGAUUUCAGCCCAUCGAUCUUACGCAAUUGUCAAGUCCACGCAGCAAGAAAAGAAAAUCAAGUGAUAUCAUUCACUUACUCGACAGCGAAGAUGAUACCAUAGAGGAGACGGACGGUAGCGCUCAUCGUCGGGCAAUGUCGCGUCGAAGAAAGUAA